AUGUCGCCACCACCCUCCACAACGACGUCCAGGACCGUCGAUCCCCUACCCGUCCGAACCCUCGCCGUUCUCUUCCUAUGUCGUCUCGCCGAACCAAUCGCUUUCAACAGCAUCAUGCCCUACCUCACAUUCAUGGUCCGUGACGUCCUCAGUCGCGAAUACCUCUCCCGCCACGCCGUCGACUCGUCAGUCCAAAAACCGAACUUCGACGACGUCCCAUUCUAUGUCGGUCUGAUCACCUCCUCGUUCUUCGUCGCCCAAUUCCUCAGCGGUCUCCUCUGGUCUCGACUCGUCGCCAUUCUACCCCGCAAACCACUGGUAUUGUUUGGAUCUUUCUCGAUGGCGACACUCAUGGUCCUCUUCGGUCUUUCGCGUACGUUGGCGGCUAUGUGGUGGAGCCGAUUCUUUGCAGGAUUCUUGAACGGAAACCAAGUUGUCGUCAACACCAUGUUCGGCGAACUAACAACACCCAACAACCGCGCCCGUGCCUUCGCACUACUACCGACCGUCUUCUACGUCGGCCAAAUCGUCGGGCCGUACAUCGGGGGAUCACUCGCUGAUCCGGUCCGGAGAUGGGAGAGUCUGGGGAAGUGGAAGGUUUUGCGGGAGUUCCCGUACCUUUUUCCGAACGUCGUUGUCGGUGCGAUCUGUCUGCUGAGCUUCGUCGUCGGACUGUUCUUCCUCCACAGCACAACCGCCGCACACGAGCGUACCCGUACCUCCUCCACAACACCCUCCACAACAUCUUCAUCCACGAUCACCCCCACCCCAACAGACGCCGAAUCCGCCCCCACCUCCGCAAACUCCGAAGCAACCCCUCUCCUCCCCCCCACAAACUCCUCCUCCCGCUCCUCAAUCUUUACCCGCCCAAUCAUCUCCUCCCUAACAACCUACACCCUCACCAACCUCCUCCUCGUCGCCUACAACGUCGCCCUCCCCCUCUUCCUCUCCCUCCCCCCCCUCUCCCUUUCCGCCUCCACAAUCGGCCUAAUCCUCUCCUUUACGGGCCUCGCAUCGAUGUUGGCGCAGAGUUUGAUAUAUGAACCUGUUCAUCGAGCGUUGGGGACGAGGUGGACGUUGAGAGCUGGGAUCGUGUUGUUUGUGGGGACGUAUGUGGGUACUGCCUACAUGCCCGAGCAGGGAAGCAGAGGGUUUUGGUGGGUGCUUGGGGUGGUGUUGGUGUUGAAGACGCUUGGGCAGUGUCUUGCGUUGACCUCCUCACUCAUCCAUAUCACCGAGUCCGUCUCGCACACUGCCAUCUUCACCACCGGGGAUAGCAAGUCGACGUCGGUGUUACUUGGUAAAGUCAAUGGAUGGGGACAAGUCGUCGCCUCGGCUGCCCGUGCUGCGGGACCGUGGGGGAUUGGUACGCUCAUGUCUGCUUCUGUUGCUAGGCAUGGUGGAGAUGGAACGGGAUUAUUGGUUUGGGCUCUUGGGGCUGGGUUUGGCGUCGUUGGAUUGGUUGUGUCGUUCUGGUAG